GGUAGCUCCGUAAAGUGUUUUACGAGGAUGCAUUUACCUUACAUUGCAGCAGGCAAAUUCCAAUAGUUUGCUGACGGAAGCCAAUGCGGUGGCGGAAAAGUGGUCAGUAAAUAAUGUCCCCACCCUGGCCAUUGCUCAUAAUUACAUCCAAAAACGUAUGAAAUCCUGGGGCUAUGUAACUACUACUAAAAAUUGCUUUGGGUGCUAUGCUUGAUCGGUACAAGUGGGCUCGUGGAUGCACAAGCUUCCACUUGACAUCUGUAGAAACGUUCGACGAUUGACGAGGUGAAGAUUGGGUGGCGGAACGGAAACGAUUAAAAAGUGGUGUUUUACUGGAUUACGGCUGGCGGCUCUAUGCUUUACACGGUCGUGCCUGCGACGGCUGGAACGAAUAUUUCGCUCAACAAAUUGCGGUGUCUCCCCAGUGCUGUAGAGUAACGGGAUCAGGACACAACGGAUCCAUACAUCCGUUUCCUCGCGGACGACAACGACGAAAACGACGACUGAAAGCUCACCUAAAAGACAGCAUGGAUUUCGUCAGUCUGCUGCUUUUCUGUCUGAUGUCGUGCGUAAUUGGAGCUGUGCUGAUGCUGUUGAUUCAGUACUACGCGUUCGUACGAUACUUCCGGCUGCCGGAGCUGGACCAGGAGCAGGAGGACCAACGGAAAUCUGCAUUUAGCGAACGCUACGUCCUGCCCGAUACGCUGUUGGAAAACAUAAAGGCACCGGACCAGGAGAGCAAAUCCACCAUCAUGGCCAUUAACCUAAUACUGCAGUUUCUGUACUUCGAGCUGCGGCAGUCGAACCGCGUGCGCAAGUGGUUCCACCGGAAGCUGUCGCUGGAGCUGGACGAGCUUAUCAGCAAAACAACGACCGGAAAGCUUUUCGAUAAACUUACGAUCCGCGAUCUCGAUCUGGGCAGUCAAUUCCCGGAGAUAAAAAACUUCCGCCUGCACGCCGUCGACCUGCAUCCGGACGAAGGGUACAUCGAGAGUUUGGACGUGCUGCUCGAUCUGCACUACGAGGGUAACUUUCGGUUGACGAUCGACGCCGACAUGGUGCUAGGCAAGAAGGGGUCGCUGGCAUUGCGCGUGAAGCAAGUGUCCGGCCUGGCGCGGUUACAGUUCACCCGCAAACCGUACACGCACUGGUCGUUGAGCUUCAUCAGCGAUCCGAAGGUGGAGCUGGACGUGCAGUCGCACUUCCAGGGCCGACAGAUGCAGUCCAACAUUACCAGUCUCAUUUCGAACCAGAUACGCAAAGCUAUCCGCCGGAAGCACACCCUUCCGAACUAUAAGUUAAGGUAUAAACCGUUCUUCCACCGUGUGGAAGAAGACUACGAACUGAACGAAAUCGUACCGAACGGUACACUGGAGGUUACGGUGGCUGAGAUAACGCGAUUGAACGCACCGAUCCGUACCCUGACGCACGUUUACUGCACGCUCACCUUGGCGCACAUGCCGUGGGUCGUUGCACGGCAGCAGGACGACCAGUGCGUGAUGGUCGUGUCGCUCGACAUCGAAAUACAUAAAGCCAAAAACCAGCAAAUCGGUAUCGUUUUCAAGCAGUCCGACCAGACGGUGCUAAUCGACGCGGUCAUACCGAACACACCGGCCUCGAAGGCGGAACUGCGCCGCGGUGACAUACUGCUCUCGAUACAGGGCAAACGGGUGACCAACAUCAGCCAAGUGCCAAAGGUGAUAAAGGCGCUUAAUCGGCCAAUGUUUGUGCUACGGAUCGAACGGCUUGUACCGGGCCAGAUCAAGAAUGACGCGAUGUUCGAUGACACCGACGGUGACUUUGAGGAGAUUGAUCCGAACCUCAACAUCACCUUUAUAAAGAACGUAGAUACAGUACAAAUCGGAACCGGUGCUGGCGGUAGCACGCUGCGCGAACGAAGGCUGACGCGACGCAACUCUAAGGACAACAGUGGUGGAGAAUCGAGCCACUCGAACACGCCGGGCACAACACCAGUGAAGAAACCAACGCUCGUUGGGCGUGAUGCUACCAGUUUUCUGGAGCAACCGGCUAGGGGUAGUUUCUCCGAUCCGCUGGCCACACCAACUACAACUACGACAGGCAGGAAAGUCAAUGUCGAUUGCUUCCCGCAGCACUCCUCAAUCGAUGCGGAGUUUAAUUCGUUCAUUCGAUUGGACGAUCCGUGCAUGUUUCAGCUGAUGGAAAAGUAUUCCUACCUAAACCUUAGUGUUUUUGGUAAAAACAGUGAAGAAAACCGGCUGCUAGGAUACCUUAGCAUCCCGAUCAACAGUAUUCUCCUGGAGUGUAAUGAAUCUCAUCUCGGGCAUCAUCUGAAGAAAUAUCCUUUGCUUCCACCGGAAGCUAUCGAUGUUUCAAACCAUCCUCUUUCGAUGCAGUCUGGGUUUGAUCAAAAUUACUGCUACGGCGACGUGUUGCUCUCAUUCGUCUGGACCGGAUCUGCGAUCAAUACGGUAUCGUCCCUACCGGUCAAAGGGCUCGGAGGGGAAAGCAAAAAACAACGGCUCAUCACCAUCAGUCGAGGGUCGGCAGACAAACUGGACGACGAUAGACCGGACGGUUUACUGGAUGCGAAAUUACCAACCGUUUCCUACCCCCCGUCGCCCCUACCGACCCAAACGGCUGCUAGUGGCCUGCACCAGCAGCACGAUUUCAUCCGGACACACUUCCACCGGACAACCCAGUGCGAUUACUGUGGAAAGAAAAUUUGGCUAAAGGAUGCCGUGCAGUGUCGGGACUGCGCAAUGUGCUGCCACAAAAAGUGCAUCAAUAAGUGUCAAAGUUCGACCGUCUGCAGCGCCAACGAAGGAGCAGCUAGUGAACGGGCAUCCUUUUCAACGACAACGACGACGACAACGGGUGGUGGGUCGAUGGGAAGUGUGGCGGCAGCGGCCGCAGCAACAUCCACGGCGUCCUCGCUGCAACCCGAAUUCAAACUAACCGAACCCGAAUCACCGACGAUCGAGGUAGAAGAUUUUGUCGACAUAGCCGAGGAGCACCAACAGCAUCAACAGCAGCAGCAGCAACAGCAACAGCAGCAGCAGCAGCAGCAGCAGCAGCAACAACAAACUAUAUCGAAAUCGAAGCUGGAAGCACAUCGCCAAAGCUUCAGCGAUCUGCUCGUGCAAGGGUUGAAGCGUGUCAAUUCAGCGAACAACCUUGCGAUCCCGACGAUUUCCGGACUGAACCCGGGUAGCAAAAGCCUACCACCGACGCCUCAGCACACGCCCCGCAAGCAAUCGCUGGCCAACGUGAACACAAACCCGUUCGUGGUGGUCACCCAACGGCUCGAAAGCCUCCCGGAGGACGUGAACGAGCUGAGCAUGGAGCAAAUUGUCGACCUGACGGCCCCACUGAUCGAGUACGGCCCAUCCGACACACUGAUGGCGCUGGCGAAGAGCAGCAGCAAAACGAUGUACUCCGACUGCGAGCCGGACGUGCGGACAGAGAAAAUUAACAAACUGCUUUCCAAACUGCACAUAGCACUGGACUACGAAACCAUCAACCAGUCUUCCCUGAGUGUGACCAAGGACGGCGGUAGUAGUAGUAGUGGUGGUGGUGCUAGUGCAAAUGGUAAAGAACUCGCUGAUGGCAAAGGGAAAUCGUCAGCGCAGCAGCAGCAGCACGAUAGCACACGAACCGCCUUCCUGGCGGGCCAGUCCGAGGAGCGCGUCCAGGCGCUCAGCAUCCUUAUGUUGCACCUGUGCUCGGGCCUCCAGUACGUCCAGGGUAAUCUUGGUCAAUGAGAAU